GGCUCCUGGCGGCGGAGACAAACACCCCCCUUUCCCCGUUCGGGGCGCGCUCGUCGCGGCCUCCUCCAAACUGGGCGGGAGGGCGGAGUUUGGAGGCGUGGGUGUUUUUCCUCGCCGCGUUUCGCCUGCAGCGAGUUGGGAGAAAGUCGCCGCCGGGGGUGCUGGUCGAGGUAGGAGGAGGAGAAGAAGGCGGAGGCGUGGGACACGCGCUGGGUGAGCCGCCAAAGCACCGGGGAGCGCCGGCUGGCCCGGGCGAGGGCCAUGUAGGGGUUCGGCCGUUCCCCGUCGCAAGGGGAGAGCGCCGGGCUCGCGGGGAAAGAAUUUGGGCACGGUCGUUCCCGGCAUUGGUUGAGUCACAGCCUCUGGACCCGGCGCUGCCUCUCCUCGGUUCGAGACUGGGAGGCGCGAGCGAGCGAGAGGGACGAAGCGGACGCCGAAGGGGACUGUGGUCUACAGUGUCAGAAAACAACAUCAGUGGAGCAUAGUAAUGAAAAAGAUACGAUCAGUGCUGGAGAAGAUGAUCUUUGCAUCGGUACGGCCUUGUUGGAUCUCUCUUGCUUAUUUUUCAUUCGGUCUUUGUAUAAACUUUCCCACCUUUGUGCCUGUAGGAGAGCCUUGGGCCAUUCGCUGUCCACUAAGACUAUUACCUUCUUUACAAUCCAACUACAGUAUUACUUGGUAUGGAAACGGUAGUGAUAUACCUAUAACUAAAGAUAACUUCUCUAGGAUCCAUCAACGAGGAGAAUUGCUUUGGUUUAUCCCUACAUACAUAGAAGAUUCGGGAUUUUAUCAUUGUACCAUUGAUAAUUCAACAAGAGACAGCAAGGAACUAAAAGUUGUUGAGAACAGCGAUGGCUUAUGUUUUAAUGAAGAAGCAACCUAUCCUCAGAAAGUAGUGUUGGGUCAAAAUGGAAACUUGGCUUGUCCUGAUCUCAAUGAUUUUGAAGAUGAAAACACAGAAUUUGAUUUGCAGUGGUACAAGGAUUGCAGUCUUAAAUUGUUGGACGAUAAGCGAUUUCAAGCUUUGGGACAUAGUCUCUUUAUUAAUAACCCGUCUAAGAAAGAUGAAGGAAUGUAUAUAUGCCAGGCAAAAUAUACCUACAUGGGAAAACAGUAUAAUGUUUCACGGGCCAUUAAUCUGACAAUUUUGGAUCCUCCACCAAAAGUACCAGUAGAGAUCAUUUAUCCCAAUAAUAAUUCAAUUGAAAUAAAACUUGGAUCCAGUGUUAUCAUUGAAUGUAAUGCCUCAAGAGGUUUUUUGAGAGUGUCUUUAUUCUGGGAUUUUGGUGAUGAAGAACCUGAGGAUUUUAAAAGCACACACAUAAAAUAUAGUGAACCACUUCUCGGAAAAAUGAUAUGGAGAUCAAAGUUUAAUAUUUCUAAUGUGAAGUAUAAGGACUACAGAAAAUACUUCUGCGCUGUAUCAUCUUUUGGCCUGAAGGAACAAGUGGUGUAUGUCCAGCUGCAGCCCCCAGCUCCCAACUUUCAGGGUUAUUUGAUUGGAGGCCUUGCUUCACCGCUCUUUGUUAUUCUGGCAGCUCUGUUUGCCUACAAGUUUUUCAAAGUUGACAUUGUGCUCCGGUAUCGGGAAAAUUGUUACUCUCUUCAUAAAGAAGUUUCAGAUGGGAAACUCUAUGAUGCAUACGUGUUGUAUCCCCAAAAAGGAACAGACUGUACAUAUUCUUCUGACAUCUUUGUCUUGGAUGUGCUGCCUGAAGUCUUAGAAAACCAGUGUGGCUAUAAGCUGUUUAUAUUUGGAAGAGAUGAUUUCCCAGGGCAAGCUGUGGUCAAUGUAGUUGAGGAGAAUAUAAAACGAAGCAGAAGACUGAUCAUUGUGUUGGUACCUAAUUCAUCCUGCUGCAGGCUGCAGUCCUCAACCUCAGUGCAUGAAAUUGCAGUCUACAGCGCUCUUAUUCGAUACGGAAUUAAAGUUAUACUGAUUGAGCUAGAUAAAAUAAAAGAUGAUGACAGCUUGCCAGAAUCUAUCAGAUACCUUAAACAAAAACAUGGAGUGCUCACGUGGCAAGGAGACUUUUCAGUCAAAUCUCAAAUGGCAACAACAAGGUUUUGGAAAAAUGUGCGGUACCAGAUGCCAGCCAACCCUAAUUCGCCUUCUUUGGAUCUUCACCCAUCGAUGGUAACAUCAAAUUCGUAUCAUAGGUCAGAAGGAUGACAACAAGGUCCCUCUUGCAAUCUUCUUGAACCUUAUUCCAGUGGAUGGUAUAAAGAUCCAUAAGAUCCAUAUAAAGAUAAAGAAAUAUAUGGACGCACACAUAUACUGCCAGUGUGCAUUAUUAGGGACUGUUGAAAGAUGAAAAGUUCAGCAUACUUGGGAUUUUCUGCCUCCCAAAGAAGAUACACAGUCAUGGACCCUGAAGUUUUGCUUUUGGAUUUGUGAGCCAGUUGGGCAACAAGCAAAGUCAUGUGAAUGCAUGAACAGAAGGACAUUUUUAAAAAUGGUUUAUAUAUUCCCAUUUUACCAAUGAGGGAUGUGAAUAUGAAGGAAAGGAUGGGUAUUCAUCCCAUAUAAAGACUUUAUAUGUACAUAAUGCAGUUUUCAUCUGAAACACUAGUGUUUGAAUGAGACAGUUGCUAGUUGACUCAUUUCUACUGGACUUGGCCUUCUAAAAAUAUAAUUGGAGAGAGACGGGGGUGGGGGGAAGGAGAGGCUUGUUCACUGUUGGGUUUCCAUAACCAAUAGUGUUUGUUAGUUUUACAAAGAGUUUAAAUAAUCAAUGUGGUCAAGAAGUAAAAACUUUCUUUGGGAGACAUUUAACUCUCUCAAGGAAAGAGUGAGAGUCUCUUUUUCACCCAUCUCUCUAGGGUUAGGGUUAACAGCUAACCAUUUAAGCCAAGACUCUUCCAAGCCUUCCUGUUUAAGUGCUGUGCAGGUUCCUCUCAUGUUGCCCUUGUGCAAGCCCCAUGGUUUUGUGUAAGUCAAACAAGUGUGCUCCAAGUGGAGGUCUCCCUGCUCCCUCCUGGCCAUAUAAGCCAGAUUCAAGCAAAGUAACAGGUUCAGACAUUCCAUGUGGGCCCACAUGUGUUCAGUGCCUUCUGUUUUUGCAGAUGAUAUUUCUCUCUCCUGCUUCUGAACUGGGGCAAAAUGCAUCACCAUGUCCAGCAAUAAACUGGAGCUAGGGGAAGAAAUGCAAUAAAGUUGCAUAUACUUAUGCAUUAUUACUGUGGUAUCUCCCAAGGAGAAAAAGUGAAAAAG